GUAUUCAAUUGAAUGCUGUGCUCCAAUAUACAUAAUAGUGUUAAUUGAUUUAUGAAAGCGAGUGAUUGCAGAAAUAAAUCAGAUGUAAAAAGAACAAAACUGCAGACGCAAAAAAAAACAUACAACUAGUCAUAUGUCGCUCGUUAACCUGUAGCCACUCGUGUGAACGAGUUAAAUCAUGGGACUUUGACAUUGCUGUUUAUUCAAAACAACAAACAAAAGACAAAAAAAAACAAAACGCGAAUAUUACAAACAACAAAAACAAACGAUAGAAACGAAGAGAAAAAAAAACUAACCCAAAAACUGUAUAAAAGUGAGCGUAUUAAACGGCGCUCGAUGUAAAUACAUACGUAUGUAUUUAUACAUUGGCACGAAAUUCAAAUGAUGAAAAUGUGUGUGCGACACAACGGAACAUUGUGCUUGCUGAAUGCAAGUCCGAAGUGCGUGAAUUUCACUGUGCGCGUGCUAUGUGUUUGCUAUCGUCCAAAAACGAUUCACAUUGACACAUAAAGACAAGUAAAACCGCUCACGCAUACGCCUUCAGUGUGAAUGUAUCACUCGUUUGAAUAGAAUUGGAGAAAAAAGGCACGUCACACCCAUACACAGGCAUCAACAGAACCAGAAUAAACAUGAAACACACACGAAACACAAAACCGCACGCUCGGGCUAUUGUGAAACAACUGAAAAAUAUUCCACAGCAACGCUUAAUACAUGUAGAAAUGCGUGGAUCAUACUACUGCUGUUCGCUGCUUUGAUCUGUCGAAUGCGGCUUUCUGUUCUGUGUGUGCCUGCAAACGUUGGUUAGCUAUCUAAAACUCUGACUGUGGCCCGUUCGUGUGAAUAAAUUUAUGCAAACAUUGAAACUAUGUAUAGUAGUCGAAUUUGAACUAUCGACUUGUUCGGGUCGCAAUACGGUUUUGGGAAUUAGAAUUCGUUGCGCUUUUGUGAGUUUGUUCAAGUUUUUGUUUUGUUAUAAUUACUCUGUGUUAAUUCAUCGUUAAUUAUUCAGAGAGAGAGAGAGAGAAAAAAUAAGCACAUAAAAAAACAGAAAACUGAAUUUGCAUAAGGUUUAAGAAGCCCACACAUCAAAAAUGACGGAGGCUAACGACAAACAGGCGGUUCCUCAUGCCAAUGGCAAUACGGAAGAAAUCACACCCAUAACAUUGCCAGUUAGAAAAUUAUCAUGUUGGAGCCGAUUUAAGCUGUUUUUGGGUUUAUACUGGAAAUCUAUGGUUGUGUGUAUCACUCCGUUUGCCCUACUUCCGAUUAUUCUUCUGAACGAUAUACCUCAACAUCGUUGCAUGUACGUCGUCCUAUUGAUGACCAUCUUCUGGUGUAGCGAGGCCCUCCCAUUGCCAGUCACCAGCAUGUUGCCAAUUGUUCUAUUUCCAACGCUAGGCAUUCUGGAAACUGACAAAACAUGCAUGAUGUAUAUGAAAGAUGCGAUGCUGAUGUUCAUUGGUGGCCUGAUUGUCGCAUUGGCUGUGCAAUACUGUAAUUUACAUAAACGUGUCGCAUUGAAAGUGAUUUCGAUCAUUGGAUGCAGUCAGCGAAAAUUGAAUUUCGGUUUAAUUGCCGUCACCAUGUUCGUAAGUAUGUGGAUCUCGAACACUGCUGCCGUUGCUAUGAUGAUUCCAAUCAUGCAAGCCGUUUUAGAGGAGCUUGAAUCGCAAGGACUUUGCAAAAUGUACAUUGACGACCAAAAAGCCGAAGAGGAAGGAAUGUUGAACAAGAAACCAGAAGAAAAAACGCUGACCGACAAAAAACCAACCAAAAUUACUGUAUGCUACUUCAUGGGAGCCGCAUAUGCCGCUUCGAUCGGAGGCUGUGGCUCGGUGGUCGGAUCUGGAACCAAUUUGGCCUUUAAAGGCAUUUACGAUUCAUUGUUCCCUGAUGACGAGAUAGACUUUCCGAAUUGGAUUAUUUUUAAUAUUCCAGUUAUGUUAAUCAAUACAUUCGUCACGUGGGCGUACCUGCAAUGGUAUUUCAUGGGUAUGUGGCGUCCAAAUAGCAAAGAAGCCAAGCAAUUCCAGUUGGGUAAAGAUGGUGAAGAAGUUGCACGUCAAGUCAUCGUUAAGCGCUAUAAUGAAUUGGGACCGAUCUCACAACAAGAAAUUCAAGUUGCAAUCUUGUUCUUGCUCUCGGUAGCAUUAUUCUUCUUGCGUGCCCCAGGAUUCAUUACGGGAUGGGCUGAAUUGAUUACAAAAACAAAAAUUGGCGACGCGACGCCGGCUAUUUUCAUUGUGAUUGCAUUAUUCAUGUUACCGGCCAACUGGAACUGGCUAAAAUUCUUCACUGGAAAACCGGACGACUUGCCAAAAGCAACAACGCCCAGUUUAAUCACAUGGAAAUACAUUAACUCAAAUGUCCCGUGGUCAUUGAUCUUUUUAUUGGGCGGUGGUUUUGCUCUGGCUCGAGGUGGAAAAGAAUCUGGAAUGUCAGCAAUGUUGGGCACAUAUUUGUCCGGUCUUUCCGACUUACCUUUCUUGCUAUUGCUUUUCGUGAUCUGUUUAUUUGCACAAAUAUUCACUGAAUUCGCAUCGAAUGUUGCUAUUGCUAAUGUUAUGUUGCCCGUCCUCGCUGAAAUGGCACUUCAAAUGGAAGUACAUCCACUCUAUUUGAUGUUCCCUGCAGCUCUAUCAUGCUCAAUGGCCUUCCAUACGCCAGUCGGCACACCACCAAAUGCUAUCGCCGCCGGUGUCGCCAACAUUGGCACUAAAGAUAUUGCAAUGGCUGGUAUUGGACCAUCGUUAAUUUCAUUGCUUACAAUUUGGUUGUCUUUCCCAACUUGGGGCCUCAUUGUUUAUCCAAAACUUACCACUUUCCCCGCGUGGGCCAGAGCAAUGGCCAAUGCCACAAAAUUGGCAGCUCCAGUGGUAGCCGCAGCCAUUCCAUCGAGCGGCAGUUUACAAAUGUUAGCCAAUGCCACGAAUGCAGUUGUGAAUGGAACCGUACAUUAAAUCAACUAUUUAGCAUAAAUGUCUUUUCAUUUUAUUUUGCUAGAUCGAUGGAAAAAUCAACAAACACAGAUUGUAGCAGUUUCAUUUCCGUAUUUAGACAUUUAUACAUUUAAUUUUAGGACAAUCGGACUCGAUUUACAUUCGAUCAUUCAUUUGUCGUUUAGCUAAUAGUUAAUAAGUUGUGAAUGAUAUUUACCGAAUUGGGUGAAGAAGAAAUUCUCUGAUUUCGGUUUUGUUGUGCAGUAGAGCCUCAUAUUGUCAGAGAAAAGAGAUCUUUUUUUUUGUUUGAACAGCCAAAAUGAAACAAAUAUGCCAAGAUUACAUAUCUAACAUUUAUUCUGUUCUCUUUUGUUCAUAGCUGAUAUGAAUUUUUGUUUGUUGGCGAUUUUUUUUCUUUUUUUCCCAGCACUUCAUUUUUGAUAACCGAAUCCAUAAAAUGUGUCAAUUAAAAACAACAAUACAACGUGAUCAAAAUAGGCAAUAUUUUUUUUAGAUGCAUUUUAACAGAAGAAAACAAAUCGUACAAAAUGAAUGGAAAUGAAACCUUGAAUCAAAACAUUGUAACAUUAGCAAUAACUCGUUAAAAAGAAAUCAAAAUGUUUAAUUAAUUUUUAUUCUUUUUAAGAUACUAUGAAACGACGAUGUUUAUGUAAAAACGAACAGAUAUUUAUGAAUAAAAAUCUGAAUGUUUAUUUUUCAAUAAAA